GUCGGGCUCAGUAUCGCGUCAGUCGAUGUUGCCGCGCGAGUCGCAUCCGCUGUGAACAUCAAAAACAUUUACGUGCGUCUGAUAUCUAUAUCCCUCACGUGGUGCCGCCUGGCUUUGGCAAAACGUUUGUUAUCGUCGCGACGAUGUGCGUCCCGACGCCGGACUGAACCCUAGCAACACUCGGCCGGUGGUGCGUGGCGUUUAAUUUCUUUUGGCAAACUUUGUCGUGUCGUCUCAGGUGAACAGAGGAAGGAUGCAGCACGCGACCGGAUCGCCGCAGCAGUUCUGCCUGCGCUGGAACAACUACCAGACGAAUUUGACGAACGUGUUCGAUCAGCUGCUCCAGAGCGAGUCGUUCGUCGACGUGACCCUCGCCUGCGACGGCCACUCAGUCAAAGCCCACAAAAUGGUCCUGUCCGCGUGCAGUCCCUAUUUCCAAUCCUUGUUCUUCGAGAACCCGUGCCAGCAUCCGAUCGUGAUCAUGCGGGACAUCAAGUGGCCGGAACUCAAAGCGGCCGUAGAGUUUAUGUACAAAGGCGAGAUCAACGUGUCGCAGGAGCAAAUCGGGCCGUUGCUCAAGGUGGCCGAGUCGCUCAAGAUCCGCGGCCUGGCGGACGUCAACGGUGAGCAAGACAUCGCCGCCGCACCUGGUACCACCGGCGAGCUCACCGCCAGACCAUCCUCGAAGCCCGCUCCACCGACACCGACCCCCACGCUCGAUUGGGAUCGAUCCCAGCAACAAUCUUCGUCGUCGCAACAGCAAACGGGCACUCAAGACGGGGGCGGUGAGCGGGCGAAAAAAAGACGUCGCCCCUCGGGCGAGCGUAGCAAUCUAAACAGCCCCGCGGAGAUUGGCGCGGAAAUGGCAGAACCGCCGGCGUCGGUGGAGAUGGCGCCGGCACCGCCUGCGACCCCCUUACCGCAAUCGGGUGCCGUGGAACCGCUCCCGUUGCCCCUCACUUUGCCGCCCCAGACCCAGGUGUCCCACGGCGGGUCCGCCGUAACUGACGACAUGGAAAUCAAGCCGGGAAUCGCAGAGAUGAUCCGCGAGGAGGAACGGGUCUGUACGGAUCAAAAGGCCAAGUUGUUGGAAUCGUCCCACGCUUGGCUCGGAGCCUCCACGUCUUCAAUAGCCGCAGACAGCUACCAGUACCAGUUGCAAUCGAUGUGGCAGAAAUGUUGGAAUACCAACCAGAGCCUCGUCCAUAACUUAAGGUUCCGGGAAAGGGGCCCGUUGAAGUCGUGGAGACCCGAGACCAUGGCCGAAGCGAUAUUUUCCGUUUUAAAGGAAGGCUUGUCACUGUCCCAGGCCGCUAGGAAAUACGACAUACCCUACCCCACGUUCGUGUUGUACGCAAACCGCGUUCACAAUAUGCUAGGGCCAUCGGCUGACGGAGGAUCAGGUGAGUUUACAAAUCUGAGGCCGAAAGGCAGAGGUCGGCCCCAAAGGAUUCUUCUAGGCGUGUGGCCAGACGAACACAUUAGAGGUGUCAUAAGAGCCGUAGUAUUCAGGGAUUCCCAUCAAAUCAAAGAAGAGCCGCAUUUACCUUACCCCAGGCUACACGACGGAGUCACCAUUCAGAGUUAUCCAAACAAUUCAUGUAGCAACGGUUCAGAUCCCAAUGUGUCGCCAGGGGCUGCUGCCGCAGCAGCAGUGGCCGCGGUGGCCCAAGGACUACGACAACAAAUGUGCAGCAUGGUUGCCGCUGCCCACAACCAGAGCUCCGCGCAUGAUACUAACCCAGUCGCGAGUCUAGUUAACUCGUUAGCACUAGCUGGACACUGCGGCAACAUGACGUUGCCGAGCAACGGCGCCCCACCCAUGAGCAUGAGCCACCUCGCUUCCAUGCGGAACAUGGGCAGCCCGGCUGGGAGCAUACAAGACCUGAGGAUAAGUCCGAGUGAAUCCGCCAUGGAGAGUCCGAUAUCUUCUCCACUCGGGCUCACUGUGUCUAGCAGUAUGGAACCGGCAAUUAACAUGAAUAUAGGAAAUAGUAUGGACGUAGGCAUAGGCGUGUCGGGGAUGACGUACAAACCCGCGCGGUCCUUCACGUCUCCCCGGCCCGAGAAUCUCUUCCAGGAAGACAUCGACGACCUGGUGAAGCCCCUCCACUCGACCACGCCGCGACCCAAGGACGGAAUGGCGCCCAUCAAAAUGGAACCCAUGACGGAAUGCCGCGGCGAAUAAGACCCGGCAACAAACUACCGCUUCGAACACGUCAUGUGAUAAAUAAAUUGGUUAGUUAAAAAAAAAAAACGGAAAGAAGAAAACCUCCCUUUCGGUUAUUUUUUUCCAUUUUUGUGUUAUUUUCGCGAACUGUUACGGGAAAAAAUUGACAAAUUUUACUGUAAGGUGUGAUAUUUCGGACACGACUUUUAUGCGUGGUUAUUCAGGCUGUACAAGGUCUUCAAAAAGUUUUAGGUCGGGGAAGUGUGAAGUCCGAUUGUGAUAACUUUUAAAAAUUAUUUUUCUGCUAUACCGAUUGUCCCAAAAGUGUUAAAAGUAUCAAACUUGUAUUUUUUAAAAGUACAUUUUUUUAUUCUACGAGUAAAUGUUUUAAAUAAUUUAAAGCUUGUCAAUAUGUCACUUAAUAUUUUAUACCUCGAAACUAAACAAGAUUCAUACAGGCUGGGUCAAAAUUUAUUUUAAUCUAACAAUUUUAGUUGGCAUAUUCAUUUUAACCGAAUGUCACUUUUCUGUAUUCUUACAUUCUUUUAAAUUGCCUUAAGCUCUUAAGCUUAUUGAAGUAUAAUUUAGGUAUUUUCUCUCUGAUACUUCAAUUUUAUUUAAAAAAAUAACACGGAUAAUAAUAAUUAUACGGUAGAUUUUUAAAAAUUUUACUUCAAAACCAACUGAAAGUAAAAUAAAAAUUUAGACACAUAUAUUCUUCUUAUUGGCAACUCUGAACGAGAUUUGCGAACGUACAGUGUUAAAAGCGUGUCUAAUACGUAUUUUCAUAUUAGAAUCUGGUGUAGUUGUAAGAAUGUUGUAAACAAUUCUUUUUAUGUUUCCCCAUAAAAAGAAAUCUAUCUGGCGGUGUUAGGUCUAGGAUCGGAGGGCCAGUUUUAAUUUUCAAUCUACCUUUUUCAAAAUUGUAAAAUGACACUCAAAAAUUGCUUCAUGAUACAGGAAGUUUAAAAACCGAAAUUAGAGUUAGCUAUCAGACUAUUCGACUAUUCGAUAGGUAAUCGACACUAUUGGCAAGAUAAUAUUUGGGAUAUAAGACAUGAUCUAUUAGUACACUGUACUACAACUUUCGUUCACAAAAUUUAAAUUCUUCCGUGUAUUUGAUAAAUUAAAAUUGGAUUACAUUGCGACAAAACUGAAAUUAUUUAAAAAACCUUAACAUUUAGGCAACAAAAACCUUUUUGAAAUACAAAACAAAACAAUAACUUUUUUAUCAUACUUUUUUUUUAAUUAAUACUAGUAAAAGUUUUUCUUCAAAACUGGCCUUUAAUAAUUAAAAGGCGUACAAAAAUUUGCAUGUUAAAUAUAUUUUUAACACUUUUGGGAGUAGCUGUAUGGUAUGAAGGUCAUUUUAAAAAGUAACCAUAAAGGGACUUCAAAUAUCCAGGAGGUAAAACUUUUUUUACAUGUAUAACGGGAAUAACCUUUAAUUUAAAAAAUAAAAUAGAAAAAAUAUUUUAUCUAGGAAGCCAAAGUAUUUCGGCCAGUUCUAUUUUAAAAGACUGUUGUGUAUAUUUGUAUGCUAAUGUUCCAAAUUCAAAAUUCGAAUCGGACGUUUUAUUAUCGACUGUAAGUAGUAAGGUUGCGGUUGCGUUGUUUCAUUUUUUUUUUUUCAAUUUAUCGGCGAAAUGUGAAAAGUGCUAGCAAUACUCCGCCGUCACAUUCCCAAAGACAAUCUGCCACUAGAGUCCUUUUUUUUUUCAAAACUACCCCCGCCGGCGGUUUUGUGACUCCCCGCGAUAUUUUUUUGCAUUAGGAUACAAACGAAAACCGUUGUCACAGCAAAGACGUUGUAACUUUGUUUAUUUUUCUGUGCAAUACCCGACGGACUAUUCCUAUUUUGUUUUUAGUUUAACAUAAGAGUUUGUAACUUAUUUUUAGUAUGGUCAGUGAUCCGCAGUAUUUAUGUAGCAGCACUGGCUGUCGGUCAGUUUUUUAUUUUUAUUUAUUUACGACAUACGUUUCGGUAACUUGUCAGGAAGAAGAGGAAGGCGUGUCUCGAAUCAAACGUCGACGAUUUUAUGCGAAAGUUUGGGGAAAACACUGCGAAAUCCUUAUUAUAAUUCUUUAUUGAAUUCAUUCUAACGGUAUCUAAAUGGUCUGUUUCAAAAUUUCGAGUCAAUCCAACUGCUUUCAUAAUUCGACCAAGAUUCUGACAGCACAUAUUUCUACAAAUAAACGUACGCGUGAAAGACACUUAAAUCACUUAAUAUAUUUUGACCCAAAAAAUCUUUCAAAAUGCGUGUUAAAAGGAUUAGUUUGCACCAGUGAGGUCCGUGUGGCAUGCGCGAUGAAUUUUUUGCUACGCCAGUGUUUUUCGUACAUAUGAAAAUUGUGCUUAACAUAGCGGUUUAAUUCGGAGCAACAUCGAUCGAAACUCGACUAUCUUGACGGCAGGUUUAUUUUAGAACAGUAAUAAAUGAACUCUCAACUUCCAAACACCCGAUGACAUUUGAAAGAUUUCGGUGAAAUCUUCUACAAGUUUGCAUGAUUUCCAAUUAAAAAUGCUUAACUGAAUAUUUUUCUUAUCAUUACUGGUAAAAUAAUUCUAGAUAUUCAACAUUUUUUUGUAGAACAUGCCAAGUUUUAUAUUAUUCGAAGAAAAGACGAAAUACUUUUUACUGGAAAAGACUUUAAACUUUUUAACUCUGCAUAAACAGAUUUUUGGAAUAUAAUGUAUUUUUCGAGAAGUCAAAAAAAAAAAAUUGGCUAAGCUUGUCAUAAUUUUGUUCAAUUACAAGUAAGGGGAACAUCAGCAGAGAAUAAAAACGUUACCAAAAAUUAUUCUAUUAUUAUUAUUAUUGUUUGCUUAUAAUGUUUUUUUUUGUUUCACUAUCUUUCUUUUUUACUGGCAAACAAAAAUUUAAGUAUUUUGUACUAGUUUAAAAUGAAUUGGUCAGUUUUGGUCAAAUUCUAGGAAUCUGAAAACCUGUGUACUCGCAGUGGUUGCUCUAAAAUUGUUUCGCAUCUUUUUUUUACACUUUGCACGUCUGACGUGCUGUGUAAAGGAACCAGUUAACUUUCGUGUACAUAGCGACGUUAAUCAAAACAAUUUCGAAUCUUUAAAAUCCAUGCCGGAGAACUCGUGUUUUUUUUUAAGCUUCCUCUACUUCGAAAACCGAUAAAGCUAAGAAUUCUUUCGUGGUCAACAUUUUUGCAUUGCCAAAUGUAUAAUAUGUUAAAAGGAAAAACCAAUUAUUACGUAGUAUGGACUAAAAAUAGUGACUCCUAGGUGUUGUGCAUGUACAAAAAAAAAUAAAAUAAACGAGAGUGUGUUUAGUGCUCGCGGUAUUAACUUAUGAAAGACUUGUAUAAUUUAUUUACAAUGCUGACGAGAACAUAUUACAUAUAACGUAAGCCCAUAGUUUAUAUAUAUAUACGAUAUGUUAAAAGCGACAUCUACAUUUUGUUUGUCAAAAGUAGCUGACAAUUUCGAGAUAACCAUAAAAAUUUUGCUCGUAUUUAAAGGCCCUUCCCUCCGAACAAAAUUUUAUGGUUCUUGUACGCGUGAGAGUUGACCCCGGAUGACGUUAUAUUAAAAUAUUUGCGCCUUGCGUUAUUCAUUAAAAAGGUGAUACAAAAUUUAGAAAGUCUUCGUUAUAUUAAGGUAUACAAUAUGGACGGCGCGAAAAACUACCACACUAAUUCCACCACCGCUGCAAAACUGUUUCGCUAACGGCGGUUAUAAAUGAAUAUUUUUGUGAUUCGUUUUAGGGUUUAGGAAUAUGAAAAUAAUGUACAAAAUUUAUAUAAAAUCAUUGUAAAUGUAGAGAGGAAAUAUAUUAAAUUAAAAUUAUUCAGAAUGCCUUCCUGCCGACUCGGGGUUUGCCAUUUGGUUUAUCGGUUUUAGUGCUACUCGUGAUAAUGUAUAUUUUUCGAAAAAAAGUGGCCUUUGCAAGUUAAACAUUUAUGUUGGUAAGAGUGUUUAGUGCUAGUCUGGGACUCUUUUUGGUAAACGUUCUAAUAUGUAAACCCGUGGCUAGUACUUAUAUUUGUCUUUUAGUAAAACGGGACGAGUAUAAAUAUUCGCUGCUCUAUUUAUAAUUCACUAUAAUGGGUGUUCCAAAUUCGACCCCCGCCGUUGGGAUCUUGGAAAAGAUAAGACAAGACAUACAGGGCUUCUCAAAAAGGACAACAUUUGAUUUUACUUUGCCAGUUUUCUGACGUGUCGUUUUUCUUCAUAAGUAUAUUUUUCAUAUUUAAAGUGAUUCUAGGAAGAAAAGCUAAACGAACCUCUUGAUUUUUGAGGUAUAUAUUUUUUAUACUAAUUUUUUCUAUUGAAACAUUCAUUAGUACACCUACGUGGAUAUCACUGGAGAAAGUUGUUUAUUUUUCGUCACGUCUUCAGGUAUAGUACCAAAUUUCAACAAAAAUCUCAUAUAACAAUUGUUAAAAAAAUGGUUUUUUUUUUGGUUGAAUUUGCUCCAAAAAUGAGAACUCCAAAAAUCAUUUUACUUGUUAGAAAAAGCCUACCAUUUUUUUCAUCAAAACUGUUCAGUACAAAUCUCGUACGAAUGUAAAACCAUAAAAAACUUCGUAAUGAUUAAAAUAUGUACACAGAAUGAAAAGAAAAUUCUGAUAAAGUCAUUUUUUCUUUAAAAUUUUAAAACCCUGUGGCUUAAUACUUAAGAGGUUUAGGAUAUAUGUUGAUAUUACCUUUUAUUAAAGUCAAAGUUCUUUAAUAUUAAUCAUUUAAAAUAGAUAAUAAAAACAGCCUAAUCAAAUCUAAAAAAAUACAAUAUGGCGGUCAUUAGAAAAUUAAAAUUAUUUGUAUGUCUCUUCUUAAUUUAAAAAUAUAUCCUAUCCUAUAUGCCUGGAUUUACCCUAGUUUAAGCUACAGUUUCUGAGAACCCAAUAGUAAGAGUCGAAUUUGAAACGGCCGGUAUAGUUUGACAACUAGGCUUAAAUGUGUUCAAAAAAUAAUGUAGUAAGUGCCUUCCAAAAUUUGACCACUCACGUCAUCUAUUUUAUACAAAAAAAUUGAUAUUUGGACAAGUUACGCGUUAAAACGUUUCCGUUGGGACUUUUGAUUUAGAAAAAUGGUACGACCCCGUUCGGCAUGUUCUUUUUCAUAUCUCCCCUGUAUAAUAUAUUUAACUUUAUAUACUUAAAAGUACUAACAUUAAGCGAAAAACAAGUGAUGUACGAUUGGCAUUUUUAGGCUACUUAUUCACCACCAUGAAAAAAAUCAGGACAAAGCUUUAUUUUAAUGUAUACUAUAUUUAAAAAAAAAUAACUAUAGUUCGAUGUUAGUUGAAAUAUGACAUAUACCUAGCGUUUACCUAAAAAAAAAUACGAUAGCGUCUAUAGUAUGCAAUAUUAUUAAAAAGGAACAAAGUUUGUGCUACUCAUUAGAGACAGUCUGAUUAUAUGAUGCAAAUGUCUACCACUUAUUUAUAUGCAUUUAUGUACUAAGUGUCUUAAAGCGCAUCUCGUCAAAUUUGAUUGCAUUGUCAACGACAACUGUGUUGUUCAAAUGUUACUUCAUUUAUAAACGCUUAAAAACUAAAAACUGAUCAGUUUCUUUUAAGACACUGUGUAUACAUUGAUAUGUGCAUUUAUUUUCUUAUUACCCUCGUCUAUUCGUUGGUUACUGUUGAACCUUGCUCCUGAUCAAGUUAAUUUCUUCUUCUUUACCUUGAUUGUGCACAUAUGAUUUUAUU